GUACGCGGGAUCGUGAAAAAACGUUUUUAGCGGCUUUGCGCGGACCGUGUCAUGUGCUCAUUUAUUACGGUUUACGGCCAGCGAUACCAUUCCAUUGUCCCGUACACCCGUCCUCUGUUUUGUUUACGAAACGUAACAUUUGAAAUAACGUCCCGUCGUCGUCAUCGUCCAUAAAUAGUAUCUCAUCGAUUUUUGUCGUGUUUGGUUAUGACCUGUCCCCCUCAGCUAAAUUAUCCAUAGUUGCUGCAGUCUGUUUUCGUUUUUGUAUUUGUUAACCGUUGUUGUGGUCCGUUUCCAGUCCGAAGAGAAAAAUGUUGGGCCUUGGGAACGCCGUGUUGUACCGGUCGAAGAAGGACAUCGAUCGUCAUGUGCGGGAACAGUUCGAUAAACUCAGCAACGAACAUGAGAAAAAGCUUAAAGGAUUAGCUAUUGCUCGUAUGUAUUUCAAAGUAUCUGAAUUUGAGUUAGCUAAGCAAUAUGUUAUCACCUUUUUGAGUGUGAAUGAGAACUCCCCUGAAGGACGUCGUUUACUUGGUCACUGUUAUGACAAACUUGGUAAUAAAGAAAAAGCAGUUUUAGAGUAUCAAAAAUCUUUAACUUCCACACCUAACCAACCAGAACUACUAUUAUUAUGUUGUGAGCUCAUGGUCGAUCCUUCUGUUAAGUUGAAUGAUGUUCAAGCUGAAAAAAUAUGUAAGCAAACAGAAGAUUUAUAUCCUUAUCAUCCUACUGUUUAUAAACUAAAAGAUCGAUUAUUGGCAUCAAAUGGAAAUUGUGAUCCUUCUAAAGCAGAGAAUUUGCUUAAUGCUGAAAUAUCUGUUAGGCCAGAGGAUAUGAAUCUUAGAAUUAAACAAUUGAAAUUAUUUGAAAGUUCUGGACGCUUGUCUGAAGCUUAUUCGUGUGCAAUGAAUAUAGAAAAAAAUUUUAAGUUCCAAAAAGAUAAUGUUGAAUGGUAUGAGACUGUUUCUCAAAUAUGUGAAGCAUAUGGUACAUUAAAUACUGUAAAUUGGGAAUUCUAUUCACGGGUAUUGCCUGUUUAUGAACAUACAGCAUCUUUAUUUAUUAGUGAAUCAAAAACAAGCAAGCAAAAAACUAUAUCGGAAUGCUAUAAAGUCCUUUUUAGACUUGAUCAGGCUCUAUAUAAAGCCAUACAAAUAUCAUCUCCACAAACCGAGUUUUACCGAAGUCUUAUUCAACAUCUCUCCAAUCAGUUUUAUUUUCACUUAGCUAGUGUAAUUAUGAAAUUGGCCAAAAAAGAAAAUUCAACUUGGAGUAAAACUAACCAAUUGGCAGCACCAUUAUUUUUAAUGUCCUUAGCACCUCCGAUUGACAAACAAGCAUUUGAUAGUAUAACAAAUAAAGAAUUUAGUAUGGAACAAAAAUCAAAUGUUGCAUUAUGGGAGUUAGAAGGUACCAGAAGGAUAAUUGAGAGUGGUUUUGUGUUACGAGCUAUGAUGGCAAAAGAAGAUGAACAUUUUAUUGAUAAUGUUAAACUAUUGUGUAUCAAUGAUUGGAAAACAACUAACUUUAAGAAAAUAUUUAACGAUCCAGAAUAUGCUAAAGGAGUACCGACAUCACUUUUUAUUCACUAUUCUCCAGAAAAAUUAGUCUACAAUAUUCCAGAACUAAUACAGUAUGCUGUACCUAAACAUAUGUUGUCAUUUGAGAUGAGUCGUCCUGGUUCAUUACAUCAUUUAGUUUGGUAUGGAAUACAACUAUUAGAAAGUGAAAACAAAGGAUGUGGAUUAAGGUUAACUAAAAACACACUGUUUCCAGUUGGGUUUGGAUGUAAAAGUUUUAAUGAAUUACCUUUGGCUACUAAUUCACUUGCAUCUGCCAAUAUUGAGUCAAUAUGCCAAAUAGACAUGAAUACAUUUUUAUACGCUACAGUUUUGAGUGUUGCUUCAUUCCUGGAUAACCAAUCACAAAGCAGUGAUCCCAAAGCACCACAAACAUUUCCAUCUAAUAUAACGGAUCAAUUGACAACAUCGGAACAAGAGAAUUGGUGGAAAUCAAUGUACAAAAUUUAUUCCAAAAAUGUUGAUGUUAAACAUGUAUCACAAUUAAGAAAAGCUGCUAUUCAAGGAUUAGAGUCUAUUCGAUUGAUUGGGAAUCAUGGAAUUGAUGUUCAGUUAAUGGUGUAUUUGGCAAAAAACUUUGCUAGUCAGGCUAACAAAAUAGUGGAUAACUUCCUGUUAAAAGAAGGACUUGAAAAAAGAGCUACGCUUUAUUGGGGAAUGGCUAUACAGCUACUUGAACGCAUUAAUGAACGUGGAAUUGAACAUAAGUCAAAAAAUACAUUAUUUGAAUUUUACAGAAAAAAAUUGACUCCCGGAGAAGUAUUUGAGUUAUUGGAGGAAGGUAAAUUUUAUUUAGCUUGUCAGUUAAUGAACAAUGGACAAAAUGAAGAAGCAAUAGAAGCAUUUAAAAACCUUAAUUUACCAUAUGCAUCUUUUUACCAAGCAAUGAUUUAUAAAAAAAUGAUAAAAUCACCUUCUGACACUUCUGCUGAUAAUACAUUAUCUAAUGAAAAUUCUAUGUUGGUGGCGAAAGUUAAGGAGUUACUAAAUAUUACGAAAGAUCGCUUAAAGAAAUUACCCUAUCAUCCAUUGCACUCAACAUUAAAAGAAGAGUUCCUAGAUUUAAAAUUAGAUAUUGAUAUGAAUGGGACACUUCAUAGUCAAUCAAAUUUGAACUUAUCUGGAGAGGAUUAUAAUGAUAAUAUGAAUGCAUCAAGAAGACACUUGUAUAAUAAAUUUGGAGAACGAUCCUUUCUUAAUGUAACUAGUACUCCUGUUAAAUCACCGCUCACUCCAGUCCGAAGAACUUUAGAUGAUGAAACUGAUGUCAAAUUAUUGAGUGAAUUAAAAGUUGCUGUACAAUCACAGAAUGUACAGUGUCAAACUUUGGGAUUGCAGUAUUAUAAUAUGAUAGAAACAUUAAGGUCGAUGUCUGAAAAAGUUGAUAAAUUAUUUGAUCAUUUCAACAACACAAAAGAUUCAAUUUUCGAUAAGAUAAAUGAAUUAUCUCAUCUUGUUUCUACAAAUAAUUCUACUGCUACUACUAGUGAUAAGCCUGAAAUGAACAGUAAUCUAAUUGAACGAAUUGACAAACUAGAAGGAGUAUUGAUGGAAAAACUUAAUGCUAUGAAUGAAAUAAAAACCAGACAUGAUGAUUUGUAUGCCGUAUAUGCAGAAAAUGGAGAGGAAUUCGAUAAAAUUAAUUAUGAUCAAUCAUCAUGUAUUCAAAAUGCAUUCGAUGAUCAAACCCAAAUGACCACAUUAAGUUUUCCAACAACUCAAUUGCCAUUUUCAUCUUCUUUACCAUUUCAGCAGUUUGGGUUAUUUAAUCCCACUAGUCAAUCAAAUCAAUUCCCAUCAUAUUCAAUGGCUCCUAACCCAAAUGUAAAUAUAACAUCGUCUGAUACUUUACCAACUGGACCUCCAGUGUCCCAGCCUCCUCUUAGUGUAAUUAUACCAACACACCAUAUUCUUGGUGGUAGUUUAAUUACAUCUGAAGCUCCAUCCUAUCCUUUCAAAUUUAAUAGUCAACUGGUUAAUAAUCAAUCUCAGUCAGUCAUAUCUCACGGGUUACCUAGUAUUCAGCCAAUAACAUCUGUUGAUGUACAGAAUACUGAUAAAUUUUCAUUUCAAUCUCCUUUAUCAACAUUUAAAGAAAGUUAUGACACUUCAUUAAAUAAGUCUAAAAACUCUGCUACUGAUGAUAGUUAUAAUGAAGAACAUGAUCCGAUUCCUGAAUUUCAACCAAUCAUACCAUUGCCUGAUAAAAUCGAGGAAGUUACUGGUGAAGAAAAUGACACAAUAUUAUUUGAAAAACGUGCUAAAUUAUAUAAGUAUAUUGAAAAGGAAUGGAAAGAAAAGGGUAUUGGUAUUUUGAAAAUAUUGAAAAACCGUGAUACAAACAAAGUAAGAUUGGUAAUGAGAAGAGAGCAAGUACAUAAGGUUUGUGCUAAUCACUUCUUAUAUGACAAUAUGGAAUUGAAAUCUAAAAGUGAUAAAGCAGUUGUUUGGUCAGCUAAUGAUUUUUCUGAUGCUGUUCAAGUACAAAUUGAAAAUUUAUGUGCAAGAUUUAAAACAGUAGAAGAUUGUAAAGAGUUUAUGAGAGUUUUUAAUGAAAACAAACAACCCUGUUCUCAAAAUUCUUCAUUAGUUGAUAAUAGUAAAGAUGAUUAUAAUGAAUCAGUUUUUGAAGUGAAUAAUGAUUCAAGUUUGAAAUUAUCUUUGGAAAAUGAAAAAUCCCUUAAACAUGAAUUAGGUGGUUUCACUUUUAGUUCACCACCCAUUAUAAAUGAUAUUACUACACCCAAACAACACAAUAAAACACCAGAUAAAGCGAAAGGGUUAUUCUCUAAUUUGAGCUUUUCAACACCUAUCGGGGAUACAGCAACACCAAGUCUAAAAUCAAUAUUAAAACCUAUGAACUCAGAAACUAAAACAGGUACUAAUGAUAAACAAUCUUUUUCAUUUAAUACAUCGAAGUCGGGAAUAUUUUCUACAGAGACUACUCCUAAACCUACAGAAAAAUCUGAAAUAUUUUCUUCAGAGACUACUCCUAAGUCUACAGAAAAAUCACUAUUUUCAUUCAAUAAUGUUGAAGAAAAAUCUGCAAUGUUUACUCCUAAACUAGAUUUUACAUCUGGGACAUCUGCAACAUCGUACUUUAGUACAUUAGCAAAAAAUUCACCCAACCUUGGUUUCACCAACUCUCCCGAUUUUAAAGGUUUCCCAGGUGCUGGUAGCACUAUUUUUGGUAGUAAAGUUAAAACUAAUCCUUCCCCUCAUGCCAUUAUUAAGUCCGAAGAUGCCAACAUCAGUUCUUCAAGCCAACCAAAUGAUGAAUCAGAAGAAUUUGUUCCAACAGCAGAAUUUUCUCCAGUCAUUCCUUUGCCUGAGAAGGUAGACUUAGUGACUGGUGAGGAAGGACUUAAAAUUAUAUUUGAUGAUCGAGCCAAACUUCUCAGGUAUGAUUCAAGUACUAAAGAAUGGAAAGAGAAGGGAAUCGGACAAAUGAAAAUUUUACAUAACCCUAAAGAUGAUUAUUAUCAGUUGUUAAUGAGAAGAGAAAUAGUAUUAAAAAUUUGCUGUAACCAAAGGUUGACUGCUGAUUUAGUAUUGAACCCCGUGCCUUCAUCAGAUAAAGCUAUGUCGUGGGUUGGUAAAGAUUUUUCCGAAGGUGAAGGUAAAAAAGAAGUGUUUGCUAUUAAAUUCAAAACUGUUGGACAACUUCAUGCAUUCAAAGAGAAAUUUAAUGAAAUUCGGAGCAAACUUCAAGAAUUGAAAGAAGUUUCCAGCAGCACAGAAGCUAAAGUAGUUGAAAAACAAUCUGAUAUUAAACUAGAAGUCAGUAAACCAUUACCCAAAUUAAAUGAUCUAUCUCAAUUUAAACCCAAACCUGGCUCCUGGACUUGUGAUGCAUGUUAUUUGUCAAAUAUAAAUACUGUCAAGUGUAUUGCAUGCUUAACAGUAAAACCAGGAGCAGUUGUUGAUGACGAAACUACUAAAAGCCAAUCAACUACUGGUUUCACUUUUGGACAAACAUCAUUUUCAUCAUCAUUAAAAUUUGGAGAUGCUUUGAGUAAUUCUCAGCCGGGUAUUCCAUUUGUUAUGCCAACAUUUGGAACACCAUCAGCAGUGUCUUUUAGUUCAUUGAGCACAAGUGAACACACAAACACAUUUGGUAUUCCAAUUAAAACUGCCGUCCACCAGAAAAAACCGUUAACAUGGAGAGAAGAAAGUGCUGGAUUAGUAAAAUAUGAUUCUGAUAAAAGUGCCGAUGAAAGUAAUGAAGGAACUGAUGAAACUGACAACGAAAGUGAUGGAAAUGAUGGACAAAAAUCUGUGUUUGAAAAUGAAAAAACACAAUUCAGUUCAAAUGUUAAAAUUGAAAAGUCUUCAUUUAAAAUUGACAAUUCUUCAACCGCCUUAAAACCAUCUGAAAAUCAAGUUAAAAUAGAAAAACCUUCAUCUUCUAUUGAUAAUUCAGCUUUAAAGUCAUCUGACAAUCAAGAGUCUGUGAAAAUUCUUGAUGUUAAAUCACUUAAAGAUGUGGUAUCUCAUACUGAUCAAGAACUUGCUGAAGAAUUAAAACUUCCAUUGGCAUUCUUUCUUUAUAAGUCAAAACCUAAAUGUAAAGGAUGUGUUGGCUGUGAAGAAGAUUCAGAAAAUGAAAUUGAAAGAGUUAAAGAACAAGAUGAAGUACCUGUUAGUGUUUCAGAAUCAAACAUUACUCCGGUCACAUUAACAAAUAAUAUAUCACAGUCUUUUCAUACUACGUCAUUUCUUUUUGGCGAUAAAUCUUCAACUAACAUUUUUGAAAAAAAUACACCUGUUGCUCCUGUUUUUGGAUCUAAACCAGUUUUUGGCAGCUUCUCUUCAGAUUCUACUAAAACAGACGAUACAAAAUCAACAAGCUUAUUUGGUCUUUCCUCUAAUGUUAAUCCGUCAUCAAUAUUUAGUUCAUUUUGUGCUUCUGGAUCAACAGAAUCGCCAAAUACUUCCCAAAGUUCAUUAUUUUCUAAGACUGAUGAUAUAAAAUCCAAAACAGAAGGCUUAUUCAACUUCAGCCCUAAAACUGACAGUCCGUUCAAAUUUGGAACAAUUUCUAAGGAUCCUAAAUCAGUGUUUGGACAAGGUGUUUUCGGUGUUAAAGAUAAAAUUACUGUUGAUGAAAGCGCUCCUAAAGCUAAUCCUUGGUCAGGUACCUUCAAUCUCAAAAAAUCUACAGAUGAGGAGAAAAAUUGUGAAAAAGUUGAAGAAAAUGGUGAUGAAGAAGUUGAUAAUAGCCAUGACCCUCAUUUUGAACCUAUCAUACCUCUUCCUGAUGCUAUAGAAGUAUCAACGGGAGAAGAGAAUGAGAAAAUAUUAUUUUGUGAACGUUCAAAAUUAUAUCGCAAAGAUGGCAGUGAAUAUAAAGAAAGAGGUAUUGGUGAGAUGAAAAUAUUGUUUGAUCCCGAAAGGAACACAUACCGUUUUCUAUUUAGGAGAGAAAAGGUGUUCAAAGUUGUUUGCAACCAUUUGAUAACAUCAGAUUUACAGCUUGUGGCCAUGAUAUCUUCAAACAAGGCUUUUUGCUGGCCUUGUAUGAAUAUAACUGCAGACAACCCUGAUCCACAAAAAGAGAUGCUGGCCGUACGUUUCAAGAAUGAAGAGAUAGCUGGUAAAUUUAAACAAGUGUUUGAUGAUUGUGUAUCAAAGUUACAUGCAUAAUCAAAGUCCUAUUUUACGCUAAUUGUUAGACUACCAAGCUUUUUUAAUUUGUUAUAGUGUACAUUAUCAAUCUUUAUAUUAUACAAAAGACGGUUUCUUUUUUUUUUAAAUUAAUUAUUUGUAUUUUUUUUUUUUGGCAAUACUUUGCUGUCCAUAAGGGUAAAUAUAUUAUAUUCAAUCAGUUAAUAAUGAUUCAAACCAACCUUAUUCUUUUUAAACUAUUACUCUGAUUUUUAAUUUUAAGAUAUACAAAUUAUGUGUUAUGUAAUUAUUUACUUAUUGUUCAUGGAAAGAGAAAUAAAUAACAUCUGUUGGUUCAUUUAAAUAAA